AUGGCAUAUAAACCCUGUGACCGAAUUUUCGCAAAGGUCAAGGGUCACCCUCAUUGGCCCGCUCGCAUUAAUAUUCUUCCCGAGGAUGUAAAGGUGCCCAAGGGAAAGUAUCCCAUAUUCUUUUACGGUACAUAUGAGGUCUACUUCCUGGCUCCCAAGGAUAUCUUUCCUUACGAAAAAUGGAAGCACAAAUAUGCGGUCAACAAAAGUCGACCAACAUUCCAAAAGGGGCUUCAUGAAAUAGAGAAUAACCCUGACGUUUUACUCUACGGAAAAGAUGCCAAUGCCGAGAACUUUUUAUCACAAUUCUAUGACUUCAAAAGGUCAACCCAAAAUGAUCCUCCCUCUGAUAAACAUCCGCCCGAUGCCGAAAUUUCCGUCAAAGACGAUGACAAUGACACUGAAACGAAGCAUUCGAGUAACUGUACUUCUCCAUCAAAGACCGAUUCCGUACCCAAAGAAUCCAAGAAACGGCGACUAAGUUCUGACCACGCAUUUCAGCCGCUUUCCAAGCGCAAAACUAAGGAGACCUCACUAGGGUCCGUCGAACCCAAGCCCAGUGAAACCCAGAAAACGUCGCUAUCGGUCGAACCAGCCACGCAAACUAAAAUGUCUCCUACUGGAACGAGUAGUAAUAAACCAGAUUCACUUGUGAAAUCGAAAUCGCCAGAACUUGGAAAUGGCGAGGCUAAAUUAAGGAAAAGCAGCACCAGUAGUAAAACUUCGUCUUCAACCACAGUAAAAGAAAAAUCCUCGACGCCUCAAGCAACCCCAGCAACUACGGCGCUUGGUCGCCCGGUACGCAAAUCGGCCAGUCAGUUUUCGGCUAAGAAGCUUUUACAAGGUGGAAUGUUGGUUGAUGACGACGAGAACUCAAGCGAAGAUGUUGACUGGAGUCCUUCAAUGGAUGCAAGUAGAAAAGACACCACCUCUGACGAUGACGUGUCAAAAACGUCUACUGUGCUAUCAACGAGCCUUGAACCUCCUGCGAGGAAAGCUAUUCGAAAGGAUUUCAACAAAAAGAGGCUCUCAAAGUCGACGGAGCCUGAGGAUUCAAGGCGUCUCCCGUCUUCCUCUUCUGGUGAGGAGUCAUCUCUCCAUCCUACCGAUUCCAAUCAUAAUCUUCACGAUAACCAGAAGCACCAAACUACAAACGAGCGUCGGCAACAGCAGAGGCGCAUUCGUUCCCCUCCUACACAUCAGCAAGAUCGAUCAAAACCAUCGAAGCCUCCCCUCGAUGACAAGGCUUCCACUACUUCAUCUCAGGUUUCUUCAGCCACCUCUGCUAGGAAGCCACGUCUGAGGCCCUCAAAUGUUUCAAUGAGCCCUGAAGAGCUUAGCAACCGACUGGCUAAUCGACCCAGCCAACAGAACGGGCAGAAACAACUUAAGGAGCUAGGAACCGAAGCUCGACUGCACUUUAUCGAUCGUGCAAUCAAAAUGAGUCUCAUCAGGGGCCAGGAAGACAUUCCCACUUGCCUUCAACGUUUGGAGUCACUGGAGAAAUUGGAACUCACUCUGCCAGUCCUCGUGAAAUGCAAUUCCAUUGUAGAAACAAUCCGCAAGUGUUGUCGGUACAAGCCAUCAAUGGAUGUGAAAAUAGCAGCACUAAAAGUUUUCAAUCGAUUUCUGAAAGUGCAGGAGAAUGCAUCAAAAGACGAGAUGGAAAAGGCUCAUGCAGAACUGAUGGAGAACAAUAAACGUUUGCAGCCAUCAGUUUCUCAUCUAGGACCCAAAUCCGUGGAAGACCUCUUUCAGUGCGUUCGCCGGCCUUCAGUGGGUGGCGAUCAAGCAAAAUCCCCUGCUCCUCAACCAACAUCUCCCCCACCAACGCAGUCAGCAUCGACGUCUUCAGACGUUGCCUCAACAGCUGAGACGUUACCCCAACCACCACCACCACCACCGCUGCCACCACCGACGUCACCAUCCGUGUCACCUCCUCAUCCAACAUCUAGUGACCCCUCACGUCUUUCGCCUCCACGUUGCCCCCUUGAUCAAUCUUCCAUCGGUGUGCAUAAUACGACCACUUCACCUCAGCCGGAAAAUACGGGGUCUGGUGGGUCUGAUUCCGAGGGUUUGGCUCCAUCGCUUGGUGGUUUGGAUGGCGAAGAAUCAACGGAUAGUGACGAAGAGCCUGUUGCCCCUCUCCUGUCAAAGUCCUCUUACAACCCCUUCAAUGUAGAGGCCACCAUGGCAGCUGUUAAGCAGGCGUUCCUUCAGAGGACCAGGGACAAAAGUAGUGCAGAGCCUUCAAAUGCUAACAAACCACAAACUGCGUCUGAGUCGGAUGCUUAUGUGCCACAGCCGCUACAUUCCUGCUCUGUCCCACUUCCCGCCUACGUUCCUUGCCCCACUUUCCCUCUGUCAGCGUUUAUCCCUACCUCAAUAGCCGCACCCUCAACGUCGUCUUAUCAGGCGCCGCCGCCACCACCUUUCCCUCCAUUCGCUGCUGAUUUAAGCCGACCACCUCCACCUAUGCCACCUCAGGAAGAAUUCAGGCACGUUGAUUCUCGUGUCUCCCCCGAGAUUCGCCGUCGCCCGACAAGACAGCGCGCCCCGAGCCCGCAUGCCUUGCCUCAUCCAUUGGAACACUACCAAAAGUUCUUAAAUAACGGAGAGUCCCAUCCUCCCCCCUCUAUAACCACACGUCCUUUAGUUCAAUCGGGGGGUGAUGAUUUGGACACCCGGAUUGCGCGAUUGUUAGAGGCUGCGGCUCCACAUCUUCAACAACAUCAGCAGCCGCCUUCUGCCAUUUUAUCACCCCCACCGCCCCCACCUCCUCUGCCGCCAUCACAGAAUCUUAUUUUAGCCCACAGACCGCAGCCCAACGUCCUUGCAGAGCCACCUGCAUAUACCCCUGACUCCCCUGUGCAAGAUGGCAUCAAUGGUGGGCAGGACUUCGACCCACUCAACGUGUGGCCUCCGCAGCGGGGUCGAGGAGGCGAAGACGUGUACAAAACACUGGACAUUUAG